AUGGACGAUGCUAUAACUUUUUUUCCUCUUGUGUUUAGGCGCAUAGAUAAUGGAGCCCGUUAUUUAGCUGUCGUCAAAGUAAUCCUAUAUCAUAACGCCUCACAAGCCCUAAACGAGUAUUGCUCCUUGGUUCAACCCUACUGCCGAAAGAUUGAGCUCGGUUACAAUAUUCUUCCUUUCACUCUCUGCAAGGUAACCGAUCGCAGUGGCAUCCUUCUUCGCGAAUAUGUUGAUCACUCCCUACUCGAUCGUAUGUGCACCCGUCCCUUCCUUUGUAUGGAGGAGAAGAAGUGGAUCGCUUUUCAGCUACUACAGGCCCUAGCCCAACUGCAUUUGGCCGGCAAUUUUUCUGGAGAUGGUGGCCAGGUAGAUGGAAGGUGGGAUUGGGGGGGGGCUAUAGUUUGGCCAAUUUAA